AUGACGCUAACGUUCACGAUCCGAGAACCCAAGGCGCGGGUCCUGUUCUCGCCCACGGAGUUCUUCGAGACCCUGAAGAGCAUGUUCAGGAGCUCCAAAAACAGAAUCGUUAUUAGCUGCCUCUACAUAGGCAUCGGCGAGUUGGAGAAGGAGUUAAUAGUAAGCAUAAAGAAUAACAAGCACAUCAAAAAUUUAAGAGUAGAUAUCUUGUUGGAUAAGCAAAGAGGUACAAGACCAGAAGGGAAUCAAAACGAAUCCUCCGUCAGUAUGCUCUCCGAACUGUUCAGCUAUGCAGGAAACAUAAACAUUAGCUUGUUUCAUAACCCCCUACUAGGAGCAGUGCUAUAUAAUAUUAUGCCCCAUAGAGCUAAUGAAGCCAUUGGAGUUAUGCAUAUGAAGGUGUUUAUUGGAGAUGACCGUUUGAUUUUGUCCGGGGCCAACUUAAGUGAUAGCUACCUUCGGAACAGACAAGACAGAUACAUUUUGAUUGAAAAUAAAUUGUUAGCUGACUCUGUUCAUAAAAUUGUGAAUUCCAUUCAGAACAUGUCGUUCAGCGUGAAUGUCGAUUCGAGUGUCCACUGGGGAAGUGACUUGAUCAACCCACUUGUCGACGCGCACACCUUCCGUGAGCAGUACUACAGGCGGAUACAAUUCGUGCUGGGCCACAUCAGGGAGGACAUUUUGCGGCAUACCCAGGGGAGGGGGGAAAGCCAAACACAGGAUGGCCACUCAAGUGGAUGCCGCUUACGUGGAUGCAACUCUCCGGACGGCUGCCCCUCUGCAAGCGAGCGGGAAGACUUCUUCUCCCCCCUGUUCGUCAAGAGCGAAAGUAUCCUGACCGUGGAGCUGGCGCUGCAGAGCGGCUUCGCCGAACCCCCUAUAUACGACGAAAGCAGCAUGCUGGAAAACAUGCUCGAGAAUGUAAAGAAAUAUGACCAGAGUUUAAUUAUAUCAUCAGGGUAUUUGAACUUCCCAGAAAAUCUUUUAAAAUUGUUCAGAAAUAUAUAUGACAACGUGUGCUUUAAAAAGGGAAAAAUACGCUUCAUCACAGCGGCCCCCGCAGCUAACAGCUUUUUUAAGUCCAAAGGAAUUUCCUACUACAUACCCCUUGGCUACACAGUCAGCGCGCACAUGUGCGUUGAAUUCAUCACCAAAAAUAUUGUAAGCAUUUUUAACAAUUUAAAUCGAACAGACCCUUUGAAGAAAAAGGAAAAGGCAUGCACAAAUAUUUAUUUAGAAUAUCACAAGCCGUCCUGGACCUUCCACUCCAAGGGGAUGUGGCUGAUUGAUGAUUCCUUCGAGAGGGGGGCAGUUGGCAGGAUUAGCGGCAACGGCGAGGGCAGCGGCAAUGGCGAGGGCAGCGGCAAUGGCGAGGGCAGCGGCAAUGGCGAGGGCAGCGGCAAUGGCGAGGGCAGCGGCAAUGGCGAGGGCAGCGGCAAUGGCGAGGGCAGCGGCAACGGUGACGGCACCACCCCUGGGGAAGAUCCCCAUGCAGGCAGAAACCCCCAAGUGGAAAAUGUUCCAAGUGGUGUGUGCACUAGCCAAAAUUAUGAACAGUCAGAAAAAAAAAAAAAAAAAUUCCCUUUUGGGAUAGCUAGCUCUCCCCGUUUGUUCAGUAGCGAUCGAAAUUGCCUGAACGGGUCAGCUAAUUUGGAGGGAAAAAAAAAAAAAAAUGUGUGUGCAAAUAUUUUAAAGAGUGAAGAAAUGGGCCAUAAUCAACACGGUGGAGAUAAUCAACACAGUGGCGAUAAUCAACACGGUGAUGAUAACCAGCUUGAUGCCAAUAACGCCUCCGCACAGACCCAAAACCUGGGCGACCUACCCUGGGGAACGGUGAUUGGAAGCUCCAACUACGGCUACCGAGCAACGUACAGAGACUUGGAGAUGAGCUUUGUGAUCAAAACAAACGAUGAAAAUUUGAAGCGCCAGUUCCAGAAGGAGCUGAACAUCAUUUACGAGUCCUCCAAUUUUGUCCACAUGAACGAGUUGAAUUUGAGGUACCCCCGCUGGCUGCGACUGGUGUUCCGGUACCUCGUGCGGUGGUUGCUGUGA